AUGAUCGGUUGCCGCACCAGGCCUUGGAAUCCGCAAAGGGAGCCGAUUGUUCCAAAAGAGAUGCUCACGUUACCACCCAUGACUCGAGAAGAGUUAUUCAUGUCACGUGCUAUGGAGAACUGUGCUGUGAAGUCUGUGAUUGCUGGGGUGCUCGGAUUCGGAGUUGGUGUGGCUUUUGGUUUAUUCACUGCUUCUGUCGAUCCAUCUUUGAGCAUGGUGGGCGGUGAUCCAACAAAACAGCUCACUUUGAAGGAGACAUGGAAGGAGAUGAGCAGCAGAAUGAAGUCGUAUGGAAGGAAUUUCGGGUCAAUUGGGUUCAUGUUUUCUGGUACUAUAUUAUUCAACAGUACUGAGUGUCUUUUGGAGAGUGUGCGGGCGAAGAGUGACUGGAGAAACGGAACAUAUUCUGGAGCCAUGUCGGGCAUACUGGCCUCCCGAGCCGGCGUGAAGCCGGCUCUUUGGGGAGCAGCCGGCUUUGCAGCAUUUUCGACGCUCAUCGAUCACUGGAUGAGAGGAUGA